AAUAUUAGUCCACUUGCUGCUCUCUCUUCUACCGACAGCCUUAGAUCUGUCUCUUUUCCUUGCUCUUUUCCGUCAUCUGUUCCUACCACUUCCUUCCGUCUUCUCGUCUUCAGUUCUUGUUAUUUGGUUCUUCCUUGCUUGUUGGUUUUAUUAUUUUGAUGGCCUUGAGCACCGAAAGAGCAUCUGGAUCUCGUCCUUCAUCAUCAGCUGAAUCAUCUGCUCCUCGGAGGAAGUAUGAUGUUUUUCUGAGUUUCAGGGGUGUAGACACUCGCAGGACUACUGCCUCCUCUAUCUAUCAUGAAUUGCAAAAAAGAGACAUUAAAACGUUCAUGGAUGAUACAGGGCUUGAAACAGGGGAGCCGAUUUCUCCUAGUCUGCUAACAGCAAUCAAAGAAUCCUGUUCAGCGAUCGUUGUCCUGUCACCAAACUAUGCUUCUUCAUCAUGGUGUUUGCAUGAACUGGCAAUGAUUAUUGAAUGCAUGGAAGACAAGAACAUGAUAGUUCUCCCAAUUUUUUACGGCAUCGAUCCCUCUGUUGUGAGAUAUCAGAAAUCGAGUUUUGCAGAAGCGUUAACAAGACACGAAGAAAGGUUAGGGGUAGAGGCUGUGAAUCGGUGGAGAGCUGCUUUAACAAAAGUUGCCAAUCUCUCUGGGUUGGAAUCCAAAAAAUAUGGGUCUGAUCAAGAACUUGUUAAAAAGAUUGUGGAAACUGUGUGCAGUAAAGUGCGACCUAUUAAUAUAGAGUGGGCAAUGUGCACCGGAGAUUUUGUUGCAUUUGAAGCAACAAAACGAGCCAUGGACAAGAUAAUGAAAACACUUCAACAUGAUGAGGUCACGACCAUUGGAGUCUUCGGAAUGGGAGGCGUGGGCAAGACAAGCAUGGUGAAGCAUGUCAGUGCACAGGCCCGGAAAAUUGGGCUUUUUAAUCGUGUGAUUAUGGCUGUUGUAUCCCAAACACCCAACUUGAGAAAUAUACAAGGCACACUGGCCGAUCUACUGGGCUUAAAAUUGCAGGAGGAGACUAAUGUUGGAAGAGCCACUAGAAUAGUGGCGGAGAUAUUGAGAGGAUAUAAGAUCCUGAUAAUCUUGGACGACAUUUGGGAGAGAAUAGAAUUGUCUAGUAUCGGAAUACCGAACCAUACAGAGCUUCAAAAGCGUGGUUCCAAAAUCAUAUUCACCACUAGGAGAUUGAAUGUUUGCCAUACCAUGGAGAACCAAGCAAGCAUUCCUCUCCGAGUUUUGUCAGAAGAUGAUGCUUGGGACCUGUUUGUGAAGAAAGCAAGGAAGUGUUUUGAUGAGUCACCCCACUUUUAUGAUGUAGCGAGGACGGUAGCAAAAGAAUGUGCUGGUCUCCCAGUUGCAUUGGUAGCAGUUGCAAGGGCACUUGGAGAUAAAGACUUACAUGAUUGGAGAGAAGCAGCUCGACGACUAAAGGCUGCUCAACCUGCCAACUAUGAAGAUGAGAGAGAGGUGUUCAGAUGUAUAAAGUUAAGCUAUGAUUACUUGAAACCUGAUGAUGACAACAUUGCCAAGUCAUUCUUCUUGCUUUGCUGUCUAUUCCCUGAAGAUUUUGAUAUCGAUAUCGAAGACUUGUUGGUGUAUGCAAUGGGGAAAGGUAUAUUUCAAGAUGCCCACACAAUACAAGAAGCCAGAGCCAAAGCCCAUUCGGUGGUCAAUUACCUGAAAGCUUCUAGCUUGCUUUUGGACGGUGCAUACCCCGGAUUCGUGAAGAUGCAUGAUGUCAUUCGAGAUGUGGCCAUAUCAAUUUCAUCAUCGGAAGAUGGGCCACGAUUUUUGGUUAAAGCUGGUUGUGAAUUAAGGGAUUGGCCAGCGAUUAAUAUUGCACAUGAAGGCUACUCUGCAAUCUCGCUAAUGAGGAAUGAAAUUCACGAUCUUCCCAAAACGUUGGUAUGUUCAAAACUCCAGAUUUUAUUACUACAGAGCAAUAGUAUAAAUGAGAUUCCAAACCCUUUCUUUCAAAGUCCCAAUGAAUUGAGGGUCUUAGAUCUCAGUGAGACUAGUAUUUCGUUUCUACCCUCAUCAUCAAGUCUUCUGACCAACCUCCAAGCUUUGUAUUUAGAUGAAUGCAAGAGAAUAGUUGAUAUAUCCAUGCUCGGAAAACUGAAGAACCUUCAGAUUCUUAGUAUGAAGAACCUUGACAUUAUUAAUACGGGAGGAACUCGUCAAAAUGCAUUGCCGAAAGAAAUAGGAUGCUUAACCAAGCUUAAGAUGUUGGAUGUUACAGAUGCAUGUUUUGAAACAGUUCCAUCUAAAGUGAUAUCAAACUUGAAUGGAUUAGAAGAAUUGUACAUGAAAUGUGACUUUUGUGACUGGGGCAGUAGAAUAGUUAAGGGCAGUUUAUUUUCUUCUGUUUUUGGCACUGCCAAGAAUGCUAGCUUUGAUGAGUUAACAGGCUUAUCACGCUUAAACAGUUUGAAAGUUCACAUAUCUGAUGCAAAAUGCUUGCCUCGACUGGUUAGGUUCAAUCCCAAUUGGGGCAACUUUGAUAUAUGUAUCAGCAGAAAAGAAUUUAUGAGACAGUCCUAUUACGGACGCUUUUUCGAGAGGAAACAAACUGUCAAAUCGGAUCCACGCCAACAUCUCUUUCAGUAUGUGACUCUAAACACAAGCACGGAGAGUUUACCAGAUUGGUUUAUCGAGGUGGUGACAGAGAAAGCAAAGAUACUGGAGUACAUUGGGUACAGUGGCUUAGACGACAUUAUUGUGGAAUACGACCAUGGGAGAUUACAUGUGCUGAAGUGUCUUGCUGUAAUUGAGUGCUGUAUGUAUGGAGAGUUGAUGUAUUCAAGAAGAAGGGUUCGAAAUAACCCUGUGUUUGAGAGCUUGGAAGAGUUGUAUCUAGAAGCGGUCCGUGACAUGCGGCUGUUAUGUGUUGGUGAGUUACCAUCUGGGUCUCUGUGCAAUCUAAAGUUGUUAAAUGUGAGAAAUUGCCUGGCAUUGGAGGGUGCACUUUUACGGUCAAAUUUGUUGAAAAGGCUACAAAAUCUGGAAAUACUACAUUGUGAGAACACGGAGGAAUCGAGAGAAACCAAAUUGGAAUAUGUGUUUGAUUUUGGAAGGAUGGGAGAUGAAAAAAUUGACUUACCAAAGUUGAGAGAGAUAACAUUAUGUUAUCUUAUGAGCCUAGAUAGCAUAUGCAGCGAUUAUCAUCUCGAUGGGGUCUUCCGUAAUCUUAAUAGUUUGGUAAUUCGUUGCUGCCGCAAACUGAAAUAUCUGUUCGAGUCCAAUGUAGCUCAAUCUUUUUUCCAAUUGGAGCUCCUUUGGGUGGAGAAGUGCGCUGACUUGGUAACAGUUAUUGAACCAAGCUGGGGAACAGAGAUCAACGACCUAGUUUUUCCAAAAUUGAAGGAAAUAUAUUUGAAUAGUCUUCCACAUCUCACAGGGAUCUACAGACAAAAUAGGGUUAUGUGCCCUUCAUUGGAACACUUGUACGUGUACGGUUGCCCCGGACUUUCAAACCUCGCUGCUUCUGACUUCCAAAGCAAGAACCACGUCGAAGCCAAUAAUGAAGGACAUUUUGCGAUUAUAUUUGAAAGAUUGUUCCACCGUCAAUUCAAUCCAGAAGAGUUUCCUCAGUUCUUCUCCAAAAAAGAAAGUGAUUUCUCAACUGGCUCUUAAAUGUAAUGCGUAGUAUACAUUGUGUAGAUUAUCAUAUGCAGAGACAAUUUCUAUUGAUAUGGGAAACUGCAUAUGAUUAAGAACUUCUAGAUGUUCUUGUAAUGAUAAUAAUCCUCAUUCCUCAGUGUCCAUAGUUGCUAUUUGUUAAAUAUGAGCUCUUGAUCUGUCUCAGUUAAGGCUGUUAUAUUAGUCAUAGUUCUUUCAAUAGAGGUUGCUUGAUUAUUCAUGUUUUCUU